GAGUAGCCGUUUCCAGGUGGCUGAUUCGAGGACUUGUUUUGUCACAAGCUGCUGCUCUAGAAACUACUGCAGGUCCGACCAUGCCGUCGGAGGGUCGCUGCUGGGAGACCCUGGAGGCGCUGCGCAAUUCCGAUAAAGGUCGCCUCUGCUACCACCGCGACUGGCUGCUGCGGGGCGAGGAUGUUUUAGAAGAAUGUACGUCUAUUCCCAAACUAUCUUCUUACUCCGGAUGGGUGGUAGACCAUGUCCUACCCCAUACACAAGAGAACCCACCUCCCUCUGAGACUUCAUCCUCCUCCAGAUCUGCUUCAGCCCUAGACCAACCUUCAUUUGUGCCCCCAUCUCCCGUCGGAAGCAUUGCCUUCUCACCAGCUUCCCCAGCAACACCAGAUGGAACCAAGGACAGACCUGAGUCCCAGCAUGCAGAGCCUAUGGUACUUCAGUCCUCCAGGGGGAUCAAAGUGGAAGGCUGCAUCCGAAUGUAUGAGCUGGUGCACAGAAUGAAAGGAACAGAGGGCCUAAGGCAGUGGCAGGAGGAGCAGGAGAAGAAGGUUCGAGCCCUGUCCGAGAUGGCAUGUGAACAACUGAAGCGGUUUGAUGAACGGAAGGAACUGAAGCAUCAUAAAGAAUUCCAGGACUUACAGGAAGUGAUGGAGAAGAGUUCCAGAGAAGCCCUGGGGCACCAAGAGAAGCUAAAAGCUGAGCAUCGUCACAGAGCCAAGAUUCUCAACCUGAAGCUGCGGGAGGCAGAGCAACAGCGCCUGAGGCAGGUGGAGCUGGCACGGCUCCGGAAGGAGGAGGGCCAGGUCCGCCUGCGUGGCCUCUACGCCCUGCAAGAGGAGAUGCUGCACCUCAACCAGCAGCUGGACUCCUUGGAGCAGCCCAGAGACCUGCUCAAGGUGGACCUGUCUGCCUUCCGGACCCGGGCCAACCAGCUGUGUGGCCUCAUCUCGGGCAUCAUUCGGGCCACUUCUGAGAACGGCUUUCCCUCGGCAGAGGACCACGCUGCAGCUGAGAGAGCGCUGCAGGAAAUGCGGGACCUCCUCGUGAACUUACAGCAGGAGAUCGCCAGGGCCUCUGAAGACAAGAGGAGGCAGGAUGAAGAGGAGGCCCAGGUCAAGCGACAGGAAUCACAGAUGCAGCAGGGCCCAGAGGUCCACAAAGAGUCCCUCGUUCCCAGCCAGGGCCCAGGAGGGAAACAGAAGGAAGACCUCCAGGUGAAGGUGCAGGACAGUACGAUGCAGUGGUACCAGCAGCUGCAGGAGGCCUCCCGCCAGUGUGUACUGGCCUGUGAGGGACUGACCAGCAGCAAAGACAGUCAGGCCAAAAAGAUAAAGAUGGACCUUCAGAAGGCAGCCACCAUCCCCGUGAGCCAGAUCUCCACCAUUGCAGGCUCAAAGCUGAAGGAGAUCUUUGACAAGAUCCACAGCCUGCUCUCUGGAAAACCUGUUCAAUCUGGUGGACGCUCUGUAUCCGUCACACUGAACCCACACGGCCUGGACUUCGUCCAGUACAAACUGGCGGAGAAAUUUGUGAAACAAGGAGAGGAGGAAGUGGCCUCUCAUCAUGAAGCAGCGUUCCCCAUCGCAGUAGUGGCGUCUGGGAUCUGGGAGCUGCACCCGAGAGUGGGGGACCUCUUUCUCGCACAUCUGCACAAGAAGUGUCCGUACUCCGUUCCGUUCUACCCGGCUUUCAGGGAGGGCAUGGCUUUGGAAGACUAUCAGAGGAUGCUGGGCUACCAAGUGAAGGACUCCAAAGUGGAGCAGCAGGACAACUUCCUAAAACGCAUGUCUGGCAUGAUCCGCCUCUACGCUGCCAUCAUUCAGCUCCGGUGGCCUUAUGGAAAGCAACAAGAGAUUCAUCCUCAUGGCUUAAAUCAUGGUUGGCGCUGGUUGGCACAGAUAUUAAACAUGGAGCCCUUGUCAGAUGUGACAGCCACCCUCCUCUUUGACUUCUUGGAGGUGUGUGGCAAUGCCCUCAUGAAACAGUAUCAGGCCCAGUUCUGGAAGAUGAUACUUCUCAUCAGAGAGGACUACUUCCCCAGGAUCGAAGCCAUCACGAGCUCAGGACAGAUGGGUUCCUUCAUACGCCUCAAGCAGUUCUUGGAGAAAUGUUUGCAGCGCAAGGAGAUUCCUGUCCCCAAGGGUUUUCUGACUUCCUCCUUCUGGCGUUCCUGAUGUCACUCCAUCGCCCACCGUCACCCUUUUGCUGCAGAGGGGCGAAAUAAACAACUGAACGCAGCUGGACUUGGGAGAGUCAUGUCCAGAUUUAGAAAUCUACCAAUAUGUAUUUUUAUAUAGCUGUACCUUGUGACUAGGAAAGGAGAUUUUCAUGGGUCACAAAAUCUAGGUGGUCUGAUGACUUCUUAAAGGGUCCACCUGACAGAGAAAAUGGAUUUGGCCUUUCUCACUUCUGCAAAAAUUAUGAGGAAAGCUGUUUAGCCCUCGAUCCCAUUUUUUGUUUCCUUUGUCUCUAGUAACUUUCAGAAAGUAGGUAACACCUUAAGCAUUGCACUCUGAGCUGAAGUGAGCCUACCACUCUGACUCCACGCCCCCGACCCCCACCCCCACGCUGCCCUGUUCCCAGAAAAGAGUAAACAUGCAUAAAGUCCCUUUUAAAGUGUCGUUUAAUAGUCGAGGCGAAUCCUUACAUGUACGUCUGGGAUAUAUGGUCGCUUUGCCUUCCUCAGCUUGUGAAAUAACUAGAAAUUCAGAGGAAGUGCCUGAUGUGGACGUAGUUCUAAAUAGCAUCAGGGAUAGCUUAGAGUCUGGGAUUGGGACUGUUCCCACGUGUUACAGGGAACCGAGAAGCACUGUUUGUCCUCUUCAUUUGGGAUUCGGCCCUUGCAUGAGUAGGGAUGUGUGAACCAGGGCAGGCGCCUUCCUUUGUUUUCCAGGUUGACUUCGGAAGGGCUGCGAAUAUACGUGAGUAUAUUCGCAGUAUAUUAUACGUGAGUAUAUUAUACGUGAGUGGAGCGUCCAUACGCAGGGAGUAAUAAAAAUGUCAGGGAGGACCUGGAACUGCUGUGUGUUGCUUUACUUGUUCUGACUAGUGAAUCAUGAUGGAUUUGCUAGACUAAAGCCACUACAAAAACCCAAAGCUUGGCUUUUCAGAGAAGAGUCGAGAUCUGUUGAUGAAAAGAUUCAUUGUCUUAGACUGCCUCGGCAGCGGCCAUGGAUCUCUUCCUCUAUACUAAAUGUCGUGUGUGAGAUGUGCUUCUGGGAGGUGGUGAUCCCCUGAUACUCUUGGCUUGAAUUGACCUAGUCUAUGAAUUACUGACUAUGGUGCCAAAAAAUAAGUAAUAAAGCUCGAUUUCUAAAAACCCAUCGCUGGUAUCAA